AUGCAGGAGAAAAAGUCGGAGAAAGAGAAGCAUCAGGGACGGCACGAGACCACACGCCAUGGCCAGCAUGGCCAGCACCAAGCCCAGCAGCCAGAGCAGCCGGAGCAGCCCAACCAGGAGCAGACUGGCGAUGGGGCCGAGGAAGGAAGCUGGCGCGACUUCAUCCCGUAUUUUGGACACGCAGUAGAUGGAGGAGUGCAGAGUGGUUGGGAGCAGGCCGCGUGCGAUCUGGAGGCGGCUCCACACGCCUCGCUUCGGGGCGCUUCGCUACGCCCGCCUCUUGUGUUGGCGCAGGUUGCUCCAGACUAUGCCAACGUGAAGGCUCGCGAGGCCAGCCUUCGCGCGGUCUCUGACAUCGAGCAGCAGGAAGCUCGUGCAGCUUCAGCGGCCGGAGCCGCCUUGCGGGAGCUGCGCAAGACUUCGGCGGAGGCAGUCAUCAACAAGGCCAACCGCUGGCGGACUGUCCACGACUUGCUAGCAGGCUCCAAACCGAAGAAUGCAAAGUCCUUGGAGGAGACACUGGAGGCCAAGACCAAGAAACUGGAGCAAUUCACUAAAAGCUACAACGUGUCCCAGAAGGGCGCAGUGGACUUCAAUGUCACGCGCGCAGCUGAACUCUUUGAGGCGGUCAGCAAGGCUCUGGCUAUGGUAGAGCAGAGUGUGGAAGCGCACAGGCACGAUGCCAAAGCAUCAGUAAAGGCUGCCCAGCAGGAUGCACUUGGCCAGGUGCAGAAGCUUGAAGGACAAGCCAGGGCUGCUGUGAGGGCCUGGAGGUCGGAUGGCAGGCGUGCCGUCAGAGCGCAAAGGGAAGCCAACAUGCCGGAGCAACUCUACGAGAGCCACGAUGACCUCAUGCGAGAUGCAGUUGGGGACGCAGAGGGCCAGGCUCAGAAUGUGGCCGAGAGGCUGGACGACAGCAUCAACGAGUACUAUGAGCACUUGGCGGACGAACUUGGGGACCUUUCCAUCGACGCACGCAGCACGGCGUUGAGGCACAGUGCUGAGAUGGCCCAGGACCGUUUGCAAGAGCUUGCCAGAGGUCUUGGGGCGCAGGCGGCGCUGAGGGAGGCUCAGGUCGGAGCAGCAGAGAAGUCCUGGAAAGAGUCACAUGCUCCGCAGUUGCUCGCCGCGCUGCCGCAAUCUACCAACGUUUCCUCCGAGGUCGUGACGGCGCAGGCACAGGAGCAACGAGCUGCUGAUGGCUUCCAAAGCAAGCUGAAGUCUUUGAAAGAAACACCUGCUGAGCACAUUCUCAGCAAGGCAAGUGACUGGCAGACACUUCAGGAGCUUGCUGCAGCUUCAAGACCGCAUGGGGCAGAUUCCUGGGAGAAGGCCCUUGAGUCCAACACUAAGAAGCUCGAGAAGUUCAACAACGAAUCUCACAAGAGCGUCUUGGACUUCAAUGCGUCGCGCGCCGCAGAGCUUGCCGAUGCUGUGAAGAAGGCCUCGCCUCAAGUGAAGCAUGAUUUGGAGGAGCAAAAGCACAACAUGAAGGCCGCCAUGAAGGAUGCACGUCACCGAGCCCAUCAACGCGUAAAGACGCUCGAGGCCGAAGCCAAGACAGCGGCAAAGUCUUGGAAGUUUCAUGGCAGGCGGGCGGUGAAGGCCCAGCGAGAAGCUCGCGUGCCGGAGCAUGUCUACGAGCAGCAUGAAGACCGCGUGCAAGAUGCCGUCGGGGACGCAGAGGAGAAGGCUGAGGACGCGGCCGAGAGACUGGAGGAGAAACUCAGCCGCCACUUCGAGAAGUUGGAGGACGAACUUGGGGACCUUUCCAUCGACGCCCACAGCAAGGAGUUGAGGCACAGUGCCGAGAAGGCCCAAGACCGUUUGCAAGAGCUUGCCAGAGGCCUUGGGGCGCAGGCGGCGCUGAGGGAGGCUCAGGCGGCCGCCCGUUUCGGAGCAGCAGAGAAGUCCUGGAAAGAGUCGCACGCUCCGCAGCUGUUGGACGCGACAGCUGCAGGUAAUCAUCUUCGAGGAAGCCGUUUUUUGGGAUUCUCAGCCGUCUGUGAUUAG